GGGCCCCGUGGCAACAAUGUAAAUGUUGAAUAACAUCACGUACCUUUCGACCGGAUUCGAAGCCAAUUGCUGCGCAGUGAUUGAAUCAAGCCCCCGCGGAAGGUACGCUAGAACGAUGCGGCCAAGGAGUGCCACACGAAACCACCUAUUAAAAGAAACAAAUUACGUACGAGCGUAUACACCCGAUAGGGAGAAUACACGGCGCUACAAAACAUCACACUUUAGCCUAAGUGUGUGCUGAAUAGACGAGCGUCGGGAACGGGUCUACACAUCACAAACGGGGGAGGAAGUUGAUUUGCAAUUGCCACUCACACGCAUCGGUCCAUAACCGUGCAGCCAGUGAUACGGCGUGUCCACUACUUGCCCUCGACGUGCGUCGGGAAGGAGGUGGCGUCGCGCUAAGCGGGGUCAACCCUCACCAUGAAAGCAUCGGAAUCCACGGUAAAGCUAUGGAGUGCCACAUCGUCACCAUCGGCCAGUACCGAAAACCUUUACCCGUACGGUCCAGAAUCGGCGCCCGGUACGCACUACUGGGUGCAGGUGGGUGGAGACGGCAGUGGGAGCGGUCGCGGUGUAGCAUCGCAUCGACAGACCGGCGAUCAGCAGCAACAGCCGCAGACGGUUGGUUCGGACACGACCGGUGGCGGCACGCGGACGCACACGCCGAACGAACACAUCACACUAAACCUGACCGGCUGUUCAGCUGAUCUCCGGAGUAUGAAGAGCGCGGCUAAUGGUGGUGGUGGACGAACGCGAGCCAGCAGGUCGGCAGAUCAGCAGCAGUGUUCUGGUGCGGUCAUGGAAGCUACGUACGGAGUCAGUACCGCACCGUCGAGCGCUGCGUACGGCUUGCCUAGUGUAAAUAGCAAUCACGGCGUCGGGUUGCCGGCCGGUACGGGUAGUGCGAGUGGCCGCAGCCGACACAGCGGUUACAGUGCCGGUAGCUACGGUAACGGAAGCAUCGCCGGCUUCAACAUCAACGGUAACGGUGGUGAGCGAAGUGCCUGUCUGCCAGUAAUUUCCUGCUGCUACGUCGGCAAGAUGCGCAUGUUCGUGAUCCUGCUCGCCGUAUCCUGCGUCACCGUGUUCGGAUUCGCACACUACAUGGAUAGUUCGCCGAUUACUAGUCUUAUGCAUCGUGAUGCAAGGCCACCGGCGCCACAGAUCCACUGCCGGAUGCUGAACGGGAAAACCGCAAUCGAUGGUGGGCUAGCGCCGGACCACCGGUCCGAGGCGCGGUUGCGCAUCGAUCCGAAGGUGCUGGUCUUUGUCGAGACGACCUACACACAGCUGGGCAAAAGCAUCACCGAGCUGCUCGUGCACAAUCGCAUCAAGUACAAAGUAGAAGUUGCCGGCAAAAGCCUGCCGGUACUGACGAAUCAGGAUAAGGGCCGAUACGGCGUGAUUGUGUUCGAAAAUUUAGACAAAUAUCUCAACAUGGACAACUGGAACCGGCAGCUGCUAGACAAAUACUGUCGAGAUUAUUCGGUCGGCAUCAUUGGGUUCGUGAGCCCGAGCGAGGAAACGCUGGUCGGUGCACAGCUGCGCGGUUUUCCGCUGUACGUGCAUACGAACCUGCGGUUACGCGAUGCGAGCCUGAAUCCUGGCUCGCCCGUCCUUCGGUUAACGCGUGCAGGUGAUACCGCAUGGGGUCCGCUGCCCGGGAACGACUGGGCAAUAUUUCAGCACAAUCACAGCGGGUACGAGCCGCUCGAAUGGGCGCAGAAAAAUGUGAUGGACUACCCAACGGAUGGUGUUGCACAGCCUCCGUUGGCCACCGUGUUGCAGGACCACGGUCAGGUGGACGGCAUCCAGCGAAUAUUGUUCGGUUCGGGUUUGAAAUUUUGGCUGCAUCGAUUGCUGUUCCUUGAUUCGCUUUCGUACCUCAGCCACGGACAGCUCAGCCUGAACUUGGACCGGUUCAUACUGAUCGACAUAGACGAUAUCUUCGUUGGUGAGAAGGGAACGCGGCUGAAGCCGGACGAUGUGCACGCACUGAUUGCAACGCAGAACCGCAUCGGAGAGAUGGUGCCCGGGUUCCGGUUCAAUUUGGGUUUCUCCGGAAAGUACUUCCAUCAUGGGACGCACGAGGAAAAUCUCGGCGAUGAUAUGCUGCUGCGUAACGUAGCCCAGUUCAACUGGUUCUCGCAUAUGUGGAACCAUCAGCAACCGCAUCUGUACGAGAACGUGACGCAGCUCAUGAACGACAUGAUGCUGAACAAAGACUUCGCCAAGGAGCACGGCAUACCGACCGAUUCGGGAUAUUCGGUAUCGCCGCAUCAUUCGGGUGUCUAUCCUGCACACGAAUUGCUGUACACCGCCUGGAAGAAGGUAUGGAACAUUAAGGUCACCUCAACCGAGGAGUACCCGCAUCUUCGACCAGCUCGGCUACGCCGUGGUUUCAUCCAUCGUAACAUUAUGGUACUGCCCCGGCAAACUUGCGGUCUGUUUACGCACACGAUCUGCAUCGACAGCUAUCCCGGUGGGCGCGACAAGCUGGACGAAUCGAUCCGGGGCGGUGAACUGUUUCAAACAAUCGUGUACAACCCGAUCAACAUCUUCAUGACGCACAUGUCCAACUACGGCAACGAUCGGUUGGCACUGUACACGUUCGAGUCCGUUAUUAAAUUCCUGCGCUGUUGGACCAAUCUGAAGCUGACGUCCGUACCGCCGCUACAGCUGGGCGAGCUGUACUUCAAGCUGCACCCGGAAGAGCGUGACCCGAUCUGGGGCAAUCCGGCGGACGAUCCGCGGCACGCGAAAAUCUGGGCCGGUAACAAGCGACGCACUACGCUGCCCAAGUUGCUGGGGCUCGGACCACAGAAAACGGGCUCGACGGCGUUCUAUACGUUUCUGAGCAUGCAUCCAGCAGUCGCGAGCAACCUUCCAAACUCGGACACCUUUGAGGAGAUUCAAUUUUUCAACGGGAACAACUAUUACCGUGGGUUAGAUUGGUAUCUGAACUUUUUCCCCCUGCAGCCGAAUGAUACGGAUGAUAAGUUCAUGUUCGAAAAGUCUGCCACCUACUUCGACGGGGAACUGGUGCCGAAACGAGCCCACGCACUGCUACCGAAGGCACAGCUGGUAACCAUACUGAUAUCACCCGCCAAACGAGCCUAUUCCUGGUACCAGCACAUCAAAGCCCACGGAGAUCCGAUAGCGAACAACUACAGCUUUUAUCAGGUCAUUACUGCCUCCGAAGCGGAACCGAAGGCAUUGCGAGAUCUGCGCAACCGUUGCCUGAAUCCGGGCAAGUACGCACAACAUCUCGAACGAUGGCUCGCCUGUUAUCCACAACAGCAGCUCUACAUCAUCGAUGGGGAACAGCUAAAAUCGAACCCGGUAACGGUGAUGAAUGAUUUGCAGCGUUUCCUAAAGCUACCCCCGUACGAUUACAGCCGACAUUUGCGUUUCGACAAUAAGAAGGGUUUCUACUGCCAGGUGGUGUCCGAUAAUCGCAACAAAUGUCUCGGCAAGUCGAAAGGCCGCCAGUAUCCACCGAUGGACGAUCGGAGUGCCAAAAUGCUCCAAAAGUACUAUCGCAUCCACAAUCAGGCGCUAGUGAAGUUGCUGAAGAAAUUAGGCUCACGUCCAAUCCCGCAGUGGCUGAAGGAGGAUCUAUCCGUGACGUCUUAACGAACGUGAUGAUGCUGACGGGAUGCCUAAGGGACGCGAAUGGCGUGUGUGUAUUCCACUGCUUUAGAUAAAAACACGAGCGUUGUGUGGUAUCGUGUGCGGGUACAAUGCGGGUAAAAGAGAGCGUAAGGCAGCAGCAGUAGUUAAGCAUAUUAACUGUACAGCUUGUAAAAAGUAUCACGUGGACAUGGGUGUCCCAGACGAGAUGCACUAAUGCCGUAAGGUUUUAAGCUUAGACGUUAGGCCAGAUGAGUCAGUCAGUCAGAUGUUUCCCGCUGUCCAUAUGAACCGCUGUGAUGUGAGAAGAGUGUAUCAUAUUUUGCUAGUAUUACGUGGGUUCCUUCGUUACGAUUAUGUUGUGCGCAUAUGUAAAGUUAGUUCUUGUCGAGAGAUGCCUUACUGCUCUCGUAGAAUAUUUAUGGUACUGUGUUAGAUCACCGUUACAUCGUGUGUUCGAUAGCUUUCAGUUUGACAAUUCAUUCCGCUGGAGAGUUAUUACCGGCGUGGAAGGACAGAAUCAAUUACAUACUAGGGAAGAUACCUCAGAGUUCGUUCUUCUUUUGGCAGCAGCAACAACUCAUUCGCAGCUAAAUUCUUGAGCUUGUGAUUAUUACAUUGUUUAAGCGGUUGAUUGCAUCACGCAAUUGCUUUUGACGUUCGUACGAUAUUUUCUAUCGUAUUACAAUUACUGCUUGAAUCGAGUCGUCAGGUACAUGAAGUUCUGCUGCUACUGCAGAAUGCCGGAUGGGACUAAUCUGCUUUUGAAUGAAGCGACGCAACUGGAUAAUACAGGAGUAACAAAUGCAGCCAUCUAGCCAUAACUAUGUAAGUGAUAUUAUUAUUUUUUCCUUUAUUUUACCCAUCUAACUCCACUCGCUAGUACAACAAAACAAAAGGUGUAAUAUUAUGCGACUACACACAUGCAGUUAGUCGAUGGCCAAUGUUCGUUUAAUUUGAAUGUAAAGCAUACAAUUGCACGAUAUUUUAACAGUUUUUGGUGGUUUAGGCGGCGUAUGUUGCGAGAACGGAACGGAAACAAAAUUAGCAAAACCCAAUAACGCUGAUAAUACGCCAGUACUUACAGCCUAGAGGUGGUUCUGUUUGCAUUGCAUUAAAUUUAUGUUGAUGAUUUUACACGCGGUACUUAACGAUAUUAUUUUUAACACAUGAAACGAACGAAAAUGUAACUGAUGAAUGCGACUAGACCCAUGCGGUUUGCUAUAAAGGUUCGUCGCUUUUCCGCAAAGAGGAAAUUUAACAAAAUUUAUCAAUUACUGUUUCGUGCAGCGAACAUGAUUAAGCGUAGGGUAUUAAGAAUCAAAACCAAAAACAAACUUGACAACGGCAAAACUAAUUACAAAUUGAAACCCGAAAGCAAAUUACGAACAUAUCGAAAACAGAGACAAAGAGUUUGUGGGAAAACAAUAAGAUAGGGAUUUUAUAAUCAGUCAUUGCAGGAUUAGAGGACGUUUAAAUUAUGCGUUUAAAAUUGAUUAGUUUCUUAUACAAAAAACACUCAUACAUCCUCUCAUUUGAUUUGUUCUCUCAGGGGAGAAUUAGUUCUUGCUAACUAGUGAAACGUUUCAACCGAUGAAGAGCAGCUGGAAACAGAAAUCUCUUCUAAUUUCGUCAGAUGAAGAAUGUAUAUUACGUGUGUCACCCUUUUGCCAUACCUUUAUCUUUGUGGUGUGAAUACAAUAAUUGCAAUUGUUGAAGUUAUUGUAUCAAACGUUAAACACAACAAUGUGUAAUGUCCUGGGACAUUCUGGAACACGCGUGUGCAGGUGGCGCAAAUGUAAAGUACUAGAUAGGAUCUAAAUGAAGUGCUGGAUGGAGGUGGACAGCCAGAUGCCUAAAAAUGAUGGCAUUACAUACGCGGCCAGUAGGCAGUUAGUAAAUGCCGUUGCGUAAAACACACGUAACUGCAGCUAAAAAAAUCAACAAAGCACGUUCUCGAGUACCCGUGCGCCAUGUGGAGAAUGUUUAAAGCAGCAUGUACAUAUAAGGCAGCAAAGGAGGAUGAAAAGCGACACCAACGGGCAACUAAGUACUACUAAGAAAUACCGCAAAUUUCGUGUGUAAGAUCAUUCGCAGCAGUAAAAUAAAAACCUUGUCUAGGUGGUCCGUUUGCUUUCAGUCAGAAACUCCCCCAGCAAAAAUAGGUGGGCGUUGUAGCGUGUAACAAAUCCAACAAAAAUCCAGUACGCGUCGAUAAGAAAAACGCACUAACCGGAGAAACAUUAAUGCGAUGCAACCUUAUCACAGCGUUCAAGUUCUGCUGACUUGAAAUAAAAAUCUUGUCACAAUCCCGCCCAAA